AUGGCUUUGCAUAACACGCAGCAUCUUCACACCUGCUGUGUUCUGCUGGUUCCAGGCCAGUCGCCAGAGCUCGUGCUGAGCUUUGAGGAGAGUAUCAGGUUUCGGGCUCUGCUGCCUUUCCCCAAAGAACUCACUUGGGAAGCAGUCAGAUUAGAAGAUAAUUCUGAAACAAAUGCCAGCCACUCUUUAAUUACAAAAAUGACGGAUGAGCUGUAUCACCAUGUGCCUGAGAAUCAUUGUGUUUUAAAGGACUUGGAUCAUCUUCCUACUGAGACGUGGCCCCAGCUGCUCCGUGAGCUCUGCAGCACACCCUUUCCUACCCUCUUCUGUCCCAGGAUUGUGCUGGAAGUGCUGGUUGUGUUCCAAAGCAUCAGCAAGCAGUGUCACCACGUGUCUUGCCUCGGAGCUGAGACACAGGCAGUGGGUGGAGAGGAUGCUGCCGUCUCGCCAGCGGCUGAACUACCUGCGUAUGUGGAGUAGGUGCGCGCUCACUUU